AUGGACACCACGGUGGCGGUGCUUCAAGUCGCGGAGCAGCAGCUGUUCGAAUCGACCGCAAAGCUCGACGACGACGCGCUCUGUGCUCUGACGAAGGCUUUGGCAUGGGCCAGCAGCGCGGAGCUGGGUCGACUGGGGGGUGGCGGCGGGAAGGCGCCCGUGAACGGAUCGAAAGAGCGGUUGUUCAUGCUCGAGCGCCUCGUGGACGUCGCGCUGAUUAAUUCCGGUCGCAUCCAUAAGGUAUGGUCGGACGUGGAGGCUCACUUGCUUUCGUGCAUAGAGAAGGAGCCAUCCGCGGAGCUGUGCCGGAUCGCCACGGCGUCGCUCGCCCGGCUUUGCGUUUCAGCGCUGGAGCUCCCCCGCACGCCCGAGAUGGAUUCACUCGCGUCCGAGGGCGAGACGGACUUCGAGACGGCGGUGUUACGUCCGGUGAGCACGCUCAUGGCGCGCGCCGUCAGCCCGGAUGCCAGGCUCGCCGCGCUCGAUGUUCUCGUAAGCGUCGUCAACGGCGGCGACGGGAUUGGUCGCGCGUGGUUUUCGGUUCUCCGGGCGCUUCGAGGCGUGGCGGAGCGCGGCGGCGAGGGCAUCGCUCUCGCGUUCAGCGGCGUCAAGGUUAUCGUCGAGGACCACAUGGAGGAUUUGCCCGAUGACGUCUCGGGUGAGGUCAUCGCCGCGGUCAGCGCGUUUGUGGCGCAGCGCGCGCAGGUGAACAUAUCCAUCACGGCGGUUUCGUUGGCGUGGACCCUGUCGGAUUAUUUCAGCCGUAAGGUGACCGAAACGAAGGUCGGUAAGGAGGCUCUUGCUGAGCGCGGGAUGAUUCCGCUGCUGUCCGUGAUGCGCGAUGCGUCUAUGGACCCCCGGCCGGAGGUUCGCAACGGCGCGUGUCGCACGAUCACGUCCACGCUGGUAUCAAAUGGGGACAAGCUCCCCGCGCGGAUUUGGCGAGGAGCGGUUUUCGAUAUUUGUUUCGGGCUGGUGGACGACAUCAGGGCGGCGACAGCAGGUGCGAGCCAGGAGGAGCAGGUCGCGCCGGACAUCGGCGAGCUGGAUGGAAGAAAGAUCCAGAUGCUGGUGCAUCACAGCAGAAACUCCGCGCGCAAGCAGUGGGACGAGACCGAGACGUUGGCACUGUCCGGCGUCGGCAGGUUACUUCGAGCGCAUUUCGACGCGGUGGCGAAAUUCGACGGGUUUGAUAAGAGGUUCGAGUGGUACCUUCAGUGGGUCACUCAGUCCGUCGCUCAGGGUUCACCGGAGGUAUCUUGCUCGGCGGUCAAAUCGUUACAGACUGUGCUUGAGGCUGGCGGUUCGACGGGCAUGACUCGCGCGCGUUGGAAGAAGGCGACAAAGGUGCUUAUGACCUCCGCGAAAGGAAUGAAUGCGGCUGGAUCGAAAAUUUCCGGCAAGACCCGCUAUGAGUUUAUUGACGUCUUCGGUAAGGUAUGGGCGAGUAAGCGAGCCGUUUUCGAUAAGGAGGACGUUCAAUCGCUGAUUGGAGUGAUAGAUAUGUUGGCCAGGGCUCCUGACGAGUGGCUGGAGAAGUCGGCCCCGCCGGCACGGGCGGGCAGGUACUCCACGCUCAGGGUUCAGCGAAGGUGCCUGGAGUUGCUGAGCGACCUGCCGCCGCUUGAUCCGGCUGCGGUGGAUUCGGGCGCGUACCCGCAGGCGAUAUGCCAGCUCCUCGCUUACGUCGCCGAGGCUCUGGGUGGAGAGGUGGCGGAGGCUGUCGCCAAGGCUGAUUUUGCCUAUCCCGGGACGGAAACCCAGCACGGGUCGAUGUCGCUCGGGUUUGCGCAGGAGGCGUGCGAAGCGCUCGCGAAGAUUUACCAGAGCGAACACGUCCCCAAGGAUGACCGCGCGAUGACAUUCGCGGCAGCCACCAGGGUCAUCUCCGCGGCGAUGACGCACGCCGAAGAGGGGACUGCCGUGGCGGAGGCGUCCAAGGAACUGCGCGGCGCCGCGGCCAAGACAUUUAGGGCUGUGGUGACGGGCGGCCUCGCGGCGGUGACCCGAUCUUCGGCUUUUGAAUUUCGCGCCGCGUCCGUCGCGGAUGCGUGGGACGCCCUCUCCACAGCGUUCGAAUCGACGCUCGCGGGGGAGAGGCGCGAUCAAAACCUUGAUAGGGACAUGAUAGCGUGCAUGGCUGAGGCUGUGUCGCCGCACUGUGGAUUCGCUGACGAGCACUCGCGUCGGCGGCUCAUCGCCGCCGUCGCCGCGGAUUCGUCGGUUUCGCGGAUCUGGGCACUGUCAGCGCUUCACUUCGGGGGUGGACAGAUGGGACGCAUCGCGCUGCAAUCUCUCGUGCCGACGUGUGAAGGGAUUUUGCGGGCGUGCGACGAACCCGAGAAGGUUGCGUGCGUGCUAGACGUUGCGUCGUCUCUCGCGAGGGAUCCAUCCCGGCGGGCUGAAUCGGAGCCCGCGCCGCAGUCGUCAUCCUUACUCGGCUGGAUCAAGAAGACCGUCGCGGGAGAGGAGAGGAACGAUCUGAAUCACCUCCGCGCAAUACUCGGAGCACUUGGGCCGUGUGAGUCAUCGAGUGACGACGUGAUCAGGAUGAAGGCUGAGAAGGUCCGGCGCGAGCUGACAGACGCGGUGGAGAUUAGAAAAGAAUGA